CGACUAUAAAUAACACCUGUUGAGCUACCCAACUUUAUUCCAUCCAUAGGAAUUCCUAAAGUCAGUCUAAACGGCUCUCCAAAACCAAAAGAGCGCAGCAGUAUGAGUCAUUACAAAACCUUUGGCCUUGCAAUGUUGCUUAUCUUUGCAACUGUUGCAGCUUACGCAGAAGUCCCAGAUGAGGCAAAGGAAAUUGAAGCUGACCAACCUUUCCCAAAGGAUYWCACUGAACAGGCAAAGGAAAUUCAAGCUGACCAACCUUACCCGAAGCGGGACGACCAACUUUACCCAAAGGAUGAUGCUGAAGAGAUUAGAGAAAUCGAAGCUUACCCACAAAACACAAAGAAGGAUGUUGAAGAGGAACAGGACGACGAAGAGAAUGGGAAAAAAGUAAAAAGGGUCCUUCCAAGCACUAUCAUCGCAGGUGCUCGUCUUGGCUUCAGUGUCCUCAAGUCCUUUCUGAAAGCUUUAGGAAACGUUAAUCGCAAGAUUGUGAUUGGUGUUGACAACGAGUCCGGACGCACCUGGGGAUCGUUAGGUGUAUACUUCUACUCUGGUACUUCGGAUAUGGUGCCACCCUAUAGAGUUAAGAAUACCAAAGCACUUCUGUACGGCGCAAGAAAGACAAGAGGUCCUGUUGCUACAGGAGCUGUUGGAGUAAUCUCUUACUGUUUUUGGGUCAAGCGUUCUUGGGUGACUCUGGCUGUCCUUUACAGUGUUCCCUUCAACUACCACUGGUACUCUAACUGGUGGAACAUCAAGAUAUACCGUGGAGUAAGACGUCCCAGCAGAAGAAUGUACCGUCAGCUCUACUAUGGUAGGGGCCACGACUAUCCAUUCCGUGGUAAUAGCCACUGGCGUCACAAAAAUCUGGGAUAUGGCCUUAAAAUGAGAGGAGUUAUGACCAGUUCUGGGCAGGCAAGGUUGGAAAUACACGUAUCGAAGGCCUAGCUCAUUUCUACCCAUAAACUUCCUUAAAAGAGCAUCCGCAUAUCUAGUCUUACCUAUUUUUUCCCUUAUUAAGUCUGAUUAUUUCAAAAGGUUUGAUUUUUUCCCCAUGCAAAUAUAAAGGUUAAGUUUAUUUAACAAUCCAUAAUUUCUUUUACUAAAUCAUUCAUGAGCUCUUUUGAGGUUUGGACCGGCACGGAUCAAGACACACGAUGAUUGUCUUAGAUAAAUAAAUAACUUUCUAGAUAAAUAACUUUCUAAUGAAUAAUAACUUUUUAAUAAUAAUAAAUAACUUUCUAGAUAAAACCGCACGAACCCUGAUGGUUCCUUGUAAAACCAGGAAGAAGGCAAGCCGAAUAUAGACAGUGAUGAAGUCAAUUUUGAUUUAUAGAUUGGAAGUAUUUCGAUGUCAUUCAGAGCUGUGAAAAUGAUUUUUAUUUUAAUCAGUGGAAAUGAAGGCACUGACUACCCUUGAUGGGUGAAUAACCUUACAUGAGAAUCGAAAAAAAUACCCUUUCAGUGCGAUUGUGAAUUAUUGUCGGACUCCAAACUAUUUUCAAACUAAAAUCAAUCUUAAUUUCUUCAUUGUUUGUAUUGUGACUUUUCUUUUUCUACUUUUUAAAGAAAAGCAAAAAUAAUUACACAUGUAAUACUCUAGGGUGAAUAACUGGAUAAUAAAAAACGCACUGCAAAAAAAAAAA